CCUCACCAAGUCCUCGCAGGAAGCGACCACCAUACAGUCACAUACUCCUCAGUGACCGUAAACCAUCAGCUGGGAACCUUCUGGCUACCACCUUCGGUAUAGUGGACCGUGACUCAGUUACUCAGUCUCUGCCACUCAUCCAUGAGAAGGAAAAGGAACAUGCGCGGCUUAUUGUGGAGCGGCCAGAAAUCCGGGACCCACAGGCAGGGUUCGAGGCGCUGGGAGGCCGGUGUGAGUCUUGUGGAACAUGCACGGAGAGCUGCCUCAAGAAACUCGGUCUUGAGCAUGAAGAUGGUUCCCGCUCGCCCUCCAGCAUCUCCCCCAAAGCGGAGAAAAUGUACACCUUCUUCGAGAAGAGUCUUUCGCUUGUGAGUUCUUCGCCGACGCGCUUCGGAGACCACUUAGCUCCCCGUGAGAAGCGUAGUCACUCGCUGGCAACUCCUUCCGCCAUGGCCAAUGUUGCGCACUUCCAAGAGCUACACAGUCGCCAUGCUGAGAACCACCUCUUAAGGACCGUCAACAUGGCCACCUCUAACGCCGUCCUGUCUCGCAUCUCAGCACGUCUGAGAGCUGUGACGUCUGCGACUCAGCAGGAGUCAGUGGAGGAGGUGGACGAGGAAGUUGAGAAGCUCGCCGCACAUAACACAGAUCUUGUUGGUUCCAUUCUGGGCGAGCGAGGUGCGGGAGACUUCAGCCCCAGCGAAGGUGAAGAAAAACUCUUCGCAGCCAGUCCAGCCGAAGACGCGACCACCAUCGAGGGAGCAGCAGCGUCUCUCAUUACUGCUGACGAAGUUAGCCCUCACAGCGCUGCUGACCCAGAUGAGGUGACCAACAAUCCUUAUGCAACAGAGUUAUCCCUCACUUCUGAUGCAGCAGCAGAAACGUCCCUCCCUGCUUAUACAGCAGGGACGACCCUCUCUACUGAAACAGCAGAGGCGUCCUUCAAUACCGAUGCAGCAAAAUCGAUCCUCACUGCUGACAAAGCAGAGGCAUCCAUCACUGCUGACAUAGCAAAGGCAUCCAUCAUUGCUAACACAGCAGAGGCGUUCAUCAAUACUGAUGCAGCAAAACUGGUCCUCACUGCUGACAAAGCAGAGGCAUUCAUCACUGCUGACACAGAAGGGAAGUCCAACACUGCUGACACAGCAGAGGCAUCCAUCAGUGCUGACACAGCAGAGGCAUCCAUCACUGCUGACGCAGCAGAGGCAUCCAUCACUGAUGAGACAGCAGAGGCCUCCAUCACUCCUGACACAGCAGAGGCAUCUAUCAGUGCUGACACAGCAAAGGCAUUCAUCACUCUUGACACAGCAGAGGCAUCCAUCACUGCUGACACAGCAGAGGCAUCCAUCACUGCUGACACAGAAGAGGCAUCCAUCAUUGCUGACACAGCAGAGGCAUUCAUCACUCUUGACACAGCAGAGGCAUCCAUCACUGCUGACGCAGCAGAGGCAUCCAUCACUGAUGAGACAGCAGAGGCCUCCAUCACUCCUGACACAGCAGAGGCAUCUAUCAGUGCUGACACAGCAAAGGCAUUCAUCACUCUUGACACAGCAGAGGCAUCCAUCACUGCUGACACAGCAGAGGCAUCCAUCACUGCUGACACAGAAGAGGCAUCCAUCACUGCUGAUGCAGCAAAGGCAUCCAUCACCGUUGACGCGAGUGCGGCUGCCAACCUGUUCAACGUAAGUGAGAGAGUGAGAGGCAUGUCACUGGACCUGGAGGAUAGCGAGAGGGAGGUGCCGCGUCCCACUGAAGGUUCCCAUCUCCACUCAGAAAGCAUAAUGAUGCUGACCCAGUAACCUCUGAUCUGAUGCUAACGCUCAGGUUACCGAGUGAUGCUGACCCAGUAACCUCUGACCUCAUUCAACAUACCAGAAAUGAAGCUGUGUUAAUGACCAUACAUGAUUAAUACGAAAGCUUCAGUGUUUUAUAUAUGUUUUAUUUGUUUCUCAUCGUCCCUCAGAGAACAUCAUUAUGAUAGAGGACGUUAACUGGGGGUUUAUAAGAGCUCUAGUGUAAAAUGUAAUGUUUUUGCUUAUAAUUCAAACAUACUAUAAUCUCUGGAUAUACUCCGUGUUUUGAAAUCAGUCCCCAAAAAAAUAGAACUAAGGCUAAACGCCAUGGCCUUAUCUACUCAGCUUAGUGACGAGAUAGUGAGACUCAAGACUUAUUCAUAUCAAGAAUAAUCAUUAACAAAAGUAUGUGUGUGUGUGUAGGUCACCAUGUAUUCUCUGUAAUCGAUCGUAGUCCUCUGAGGGAGCACCAGAUGUCCUAAACAAGAGCGGCUGGGAGACGUAAGGUAAAGCAGUGUGUGAAGAAGUGCAUCAGUCUGGCACGGUGAUGACAGUGUUUGUCAGGAGAGUCAGUGAUGGAGGUGACGGCAGGACAGCAAGUGUCACGAGCACUUGUGAGACUCAGUGGUGUGUCAGUGGCAAGGGUUGUGAG